AUACUAUCUAUUGCCGUCACUACAGUCGUUUUUCGUUUCGUCAAAAAGCCGCCAUUUUUUGGCAUAUCUUCAUCUGCGCUGUCUACUUUUUAAAUAGGAUAUAAAAAUAAAAACAAUUGUUUAACAUUAAUCAUAUUAUCAACACAAUAAUGGAUGACGAUUGGGAUGAAAACUGUGAUGUUGUUCAGCCACAACAUCAGCCAACAAUACAGAACAACUUUAGCAAUUAUGAUGUAGAUGAAGGUCACAGUUUGUCCAGAGGAAGGGGAUUCCCCACAUUUAUAGAAGAAAAUGAUUUCAAUAAGGGCAGCAAUAGUUUUGAAGAACGAAGAGGCAGGGGAGGUUAUGGUUACGAUCGGGGUGGACGUGGCCGAGGUGGUCGAGGUACACGUGGAGGUGGAAGAGAUAGAGGCUAUGAAAAUGGAGGUGAUAACUUUGAUGAUGGCGAAAGGGGUGAGAGACACGAGAGGGGUGAGCGUGGGCGUGGUAGGGGAAGAGGGCGCGGGGGGAGGGGCUUCAGACCAACCGGAGAUGGCGGGGGGGAAACAAACGAAGAGGCUGGAGAUGAUAAGAAAACCCCUGUAACAUAUGUGCCACCAGAGCCAACUGAAAACGAAGACGAGAUAUUUAGCAGCACAAUAAGUUCCGGCAUCAAUUUUGAUAAGUUCGAUUGUAUUGCGGUUAAAGUGACUGGAGAGAAUCCGCCACGAGCGAUCGAGAGCUUUGAAACUGCUAAUCUGCGGAAUUAUGUAUUAAACAACAUUCUAAAGUCGGGAUAUAAAAAACCUACGCCAAUACAGAAACAUGCUAUACCGAUCAUCAUGAAUGGAAGAGAUUUGAUGGGCUGCGCUCAAACUGGUUCUGGGAAAACUGCGGCGUUUCUUCUUCCUAUUAUAAAUACUCUCUUACAAGAUCUUCGUGAACUGGUGGUCGGUCCAAACGGAUGUGCGCAGCCUCAGGUUGUAAUAGUAGCCCCUACUCGUGAAUUGACAAUACAAAUAUUUAACGAGGCCAGGAAAUUCUCUUACGGAUCCAUUUUAAAGAUCGCCGUGGCAUAUGGCGGUACGGCUGUAAGACAUCAAGGGGAUAAUAUAUCUCGUGGAUGCCACAUCCUGGUAGCUACACCUGGUAGACUUCACGAUUUUGUUGAUCGUAACCGCGUGUCGUUCGACAGCGUGCGAUUUGUAGUACUGGACGAGGCUGAUCGUAUGUUGGAUAUGGGAUUUAUGCCCAGUGUUGAGAAGAUGAUGGACCAUCCCACCAUGGUUAACAUAACAGAACGUCAAACCCUUAUGUUUUCGGCCACAUUUCCUGAAGAUAUCCAACAUUUGGCCGGACGUUUCCUUAAUAACUAUCUUUUUGUGGCCGUGGGAGUUGUCGGCGGCGCCAGUACGGAUGUUGAACAAAUAUUCCAUCAAGUUAUUAAGUACGAAAAGCAAAAUACUCUAAAGAAACUCAUUGAAGAAAAUGAUGGCAAACGCAUCCUUGUAUUUGUCGAAACGAAGCGGAAUGCGGAUUUCAUAGCAGCUAUGUUGUCUGAACAACAGAUGCUCACAUCUUCCAUACAUGGUGACAGAAUGCAGAGGGAGAGAGAGGAAGCCUUGCAUAAUUUCAAAAGUGGCAGGCAUUUUAUAUUAGUAGCUACUGCGGUUGCUGCAAGAGGAUUAGAUAUAAAAAAUGUGGAUAUAGUCGUGAAUUACGACCUCCCUAAAAGUAUAGACGAGUAUGUACACAGAAUCGGCAGGACCGGUCGUGUUGGCAACAGAGGGAAGGCUGUGUCGUUCUUUGAUUCCGAUCAAGAUAUUUCAUUAGCAGCCGAUCUGGCAAAGAUCCUCCGACAAGCGGAACAGCCAGUACCUGACUUCUUACAGCGUGGUGGUAUCGCUACCUAUAAGGGCAACAAAUAUGGCGGCAGCGAUAUUAGGAACUUUAACAAUGCAAGCACAACUGUUGAUCAAGGUCAAGAGCCCGAUGAGGAGUGGUAAAUUUGACAGUCUUCAUAUAUAAAUGUUUACCCACAUUAAAUGUGCAACUUUUGGGUAAUAGAUGUCAGAGCUAUGGACAUAUAUAACAUGAGGUAGAGGCAUCUAAUUAUAACUUAAUAAGUCCUCAAAUCAUUUCCUAUUAAGUAUACAUACCUAUAUGUAUGACCUCCCUUGAUAAGGGAUUAUUAAUGUACAAUUGUAGCCACUGUAUUUAUAAAAAUGUCAUUUAAAAAUAUGACAAUAAUUAUAAAUAGUUGACUAUCACAAAAAUCAAGUUCAAAUUAUAUAGUGUUUGUUUGUUUAUGUUAAACCAGUGAUGUGCUUCUACCUUAAUGAAAACUUUUUUUAUAUAAGCAUUACAAAAGACUGUAAUUAAUUUGUUAUAAGUAGAGAUAUAACUCACUUAGUUCAUUCAUUGAUUCCAUUUAAAAUUUCUGUUGCACAAUCCCAUUGAUUUGCAACCAACCAUUUGAUUGUACUUAAGUUCAUAGUGUUACAAAAAAAAUUAUAUGUUUUAGUUUUCCUACAUAAGUGUUGAUUUAAGCUUUGUUUUUCUAAUUAAUAGUUGCAUCUAAAUUACAUCAAAGAACAGUAAUUUUUUUGCAAUAUAAUAUAAUCUGUGAUUUUAAUAUUAAAGUUGCUCAGUUAAAAUUUUAACAUAGUUACACAUGAGAAUGUUUUGAAAACUGUAUUUCAGAUUUUCUACAUUCAUCUCGUGUUUGACCUACAGUUGUUUUUGAUUAAGAAUCUCGUGUUAUGUGUACACCGUUAAUUAUCAUUUAUUAUUUUCAUAAACACGCUACCAUUAAACUUAUCUGUAAGAUACAUCAAAAAUAUUUUGCUUUAUAUCUGGUUUGCAAAUUCAAAACAUAAUUUUUUUAAGAAUAAUUUUUAUUCUGUGAUGAUUAUUUUAAGUAGAAUAGUUUGAACUAUUGCAAAAUUAAUUAAGUCCUAAAUGUUACCUAGAUAACAUUAAAAAUAAACAUUUUCACUAUGAUUAUAUAUACAUAUAUAUAUAUAUAUAUAUAUAUAUGUCUAAAUUAGAUUAUGCAGGGUAUAAAACUUAUUUGAAACAAAUUAAGAUUAAUUAAUGUCAGAAGGUACAAAGAAUGUGUAACUGUGUAUGAAGUGAUUGACUCAAGACCAAUUUUAGUUUGUAAGUUCGCUUGUUUCUGUUAAACUCCAUGAAUAAAUAUAAGUAUGAUUUAAAA